AUUGAUUUGUCCGAGGUCGGCAUGAAUGUGUUUGACGGUCUGAGCGGACUUGUGAUUGACAUCAGUUACACUCAUGUCAGCAGACUUGAUUUCGUCACACCAGACCAGGUCCUCGCGCUUCACGCCACAGGGUCCGGCAUGUCGUGCAGCUGUGAGAGCCUGAUCAAUAACCUGGGGCCGUUUCGGAACAAGCUGCGAGGGACGUGCAUAGACAACCGUGGAGGCAUGCCGCAAGAAAUAAACGUCAACAACGUGGACAUCAAUUGCACACGGGACACAAUGAAACUGAGAAGACAGAGAACGUCAAGGAUCCUGAUAGAAGAUGGGUUCAAGGAUAGUUUUACUCCUUGUGUCUCUGAAUGUACAGCAAGUGUGCCUGUUUCAGCGUCGUAUUCAGCUCUAGUAACGUCUUUUCUAACUUCUGUCACAGAGUUAACCCAAACAAGUGAGACUAUGCUGCUGGAAGCAACUACAGACACACCACGUGAUCUCUCGACGACUUUACAUUCAAUACCGCCGCUUACUGCUUCAAUCAUUCAGCAUUCACUGCCACUUACUACUUCAAUCAUUCAGCAUUCACUGCCACUUACUAC